AUGCAGGUUCUAAACUUGAGAAGAGAAUUUGAAGUACAAGAUGCAGGAGACAGAAUCUGUCAAGAAUAUGUGGACAGACUCAUGGCUGUGGUGAACAAAAUCAAGCUGCUAGGGGAAGAACUAACCGAUCAGAGAGUGGUGGAGAAGGUCCUGGUCAGCUUACCUGAGAGGGGAACUAGACCUUUGGCUGAAAUUUAUGACAGAUGUAACUUGGCCUUGAUGGAACCAACAUGUUAUGCUGAAGCAGCCAAAGUUAAAGAGUGGAAGGCAGCAAUGGAUGAAGAACUUGACAAUAAGAAGAAGCAACCUGGGAACUGUCAACCAGUUGGUUUGGCUGAGAAAGAUCUUGAAAGACUUAAGCUGGAACAGACUCAAGGAAAUGUGUUGCACUGUGACAACCAAUCAGCAAUUGCUAUGUCCAAGAAUCCAGUACUCCAUGGUCGCACAAAGCAUAUCAGAAUCAAAUAUCAUGCAGUGAGAGAGGCAGAGCAAGAUGGUGAAAAUCGUGCAUUAACAUUUGGAUCAGUUUACAAAGGAAUACUUCAUAGUGGUUCUUUAAUUGCCGUUAAAGUUCUAGAAAAUUCCAAGUUUAGUGCAGAAGAAUUCAUCAAUGAAGUCUCUACAAUCAGUAGAAUUCACCAUGUCAAUAUAGUACAAUUAGUUGGAUUUUGUUCGGAAGGAUCUAAACGUGCUCGGUAUGAGUAUAUGCCAAAUGGAUCUAUUGACAAGCAUAUAUUUUCCAAGGAAGGCAAAUCUCCAUCAUUUAGUUGGGACAAACUAUAUGAAAUUGCUCUUGCAACUGCUCGUGGGAUCCAAUAUCUGCAUGGGAGAUGUGAUGUUUGUAUUCUUCAUUUUGACAUUAAGCCACACAAUAUCUUGCUAGACCAAAAUUUCAUUCCAAAGGUCUCUGAUUUCAGACUUGCAAAAUUUUAUCCGAAGGAAAAUGAUUUUGUGUCUGUUAGUGCUACAAGAGGAACAAUAGGAUACAUAGCUCCUGAAUUGAUUUCUAGGAAUUUUGGAACAGUUUCUUGCAAGUCAGAUGUAUAUAGCUUCGGAAUGUUGUUGUUGGAAAUGGUUGGAGGUAAAAGAAAUUCUGAUAUGAAGGCAGAUCGUUCAAGCAAAGCAUACUUCCCAUCUUGGGUAUAUGAACAAAUAAUUAUUGGUGGGGAUUUGGAGAUUAAAGAUGUCACUGAAAAUGAAAUUGUGAUUGCAAGAAAAAUGUGUUUAAUUGGGUUAUGGUGCAUACAAGUGAAGCCUUCAAAUCGUCCCUCAAUUACAAAAGUUAUUGAAAUGUUAGAAGGGAGCAUUGAUGACUUGCAAAUGCCUCCUAAGCCUUUCUUUUCUUCUUCUGAGCAUAUCUCUAUACAAGAGAUUUAUUCAGACUCUUCAACCGAGUUGCUAGUGUCGGAAUCAAUGGAAGAAUGCUCAGACAAAAAUACUGUUGCAUAA